ACAUACUUGUAGAUAUACGAUGCCACAUAAAACCCAUGAUUGGCAAAUCUCUUGCCUUGUUUUCUUUUGUCUUCUUCCAUCAGGUUAUGGAGGUGUGAAUGGAUCAUUCCCUAACCAAUUUCACGAUCGAAAUGGCGAUAAUAUAUUCGGUUUCGAACCGAAGAUGUUAUUCAUAUUCGGAGAUUCGUAUGUGGAUACAGGGAACAAUCCUAUCACCUUUGCCAACUCGUGGAGGUUUCCUUACGGAAUCACAUUUCCUAAUAAACCUACCGGCCGUUACUCCGACGGUCGUGUUUCUUCCUAUUAUUUAGCGAAAUACCUUGGUUUAAGAUCUCCGAUUCCAUAUCGAUGGAGGAGAUACGAACCAAAGCAACUGGAAUAUGGAAUGAAUUUUGCAUACGGUGGAGCUGGCGUAUUCGAAACUAUAUACAAAGUUGCAAAUACAACUUUACAAAUCGAAAAUUUUCGAAAUCUCGUCCAUGAAAACGUAUAUUCUGCGGCAGAUCUCCUCUCCUCGGUCGCUCUUUUCAGCAUAGCUGGAAAUGACUACUUCACUUACCUCACACUUAACAAUGUCACACAACAGGGUAUUGAAACAUUCACAAGGAGGAUCAUAAACCAAAUGAUUUUGGACAUAACGACGGUCCAGAACUUGGGAGUGAGAAAGGUGGCCAUUGCGGCCAUGCAACCUCUCGGAUGUUUACCGGUCGCAUCCACUGCCACCGGCAAAAGUGGUUUCCGGUGGUGCAACGAAACUUAUAAUGUAAUAGCAAAGUUUCAUAAUACACUUCUAAGUCAAGCCCUAAUCAAGUUGAACCAAGAGAAGAAUGACACUGUUUUUAUCAUGCUCGAUAUUUACAAGGCUUUUUGGACCGUUUUGAAGAACAAAGGUGUUCGAGGGAUAUCAAGUUUUCCAAACCCAUUGGAGAGAUGUUGUGUCACAACCAAGAAGGGAUACAAAUGCGGAGAAGUGGACAAAAGAGGUGUAAGAACAUUUGAACUUUGCAAGGAUCCUAAAUCUUUCUUCUUUUGGGACGAUCUUCAUCCUUCCCAACAAGGUUGGCGAUCAAUCUAUUCCGUUCUUCUACCCGAUCUCUGAUAUUGUCACGAAUGAUUCAACAACGUAAUCGUAAUAAUUAUGUAUGCUUAUCUUUUUUUUUCUCAUGCGUGAAAUAAUUAUAAUUCAUCUAUCGUUGUAUGAUUGUUG